UUUCCUAGCACACAAAAUUGAGAUUGUAACUGCGUCUACUUUUCCGAAGCAGUCAGUCCGUCAAUCAUUGUCACCUUUUCGCGAUGGAUGAAUAUGAACGCGAUUGAUUCAAUUUUUAAAUAUAUAUCUAUUAAGCGAGCAGAGAUGAUGCUGCUGGAACAAUCUCGAUUUGAAAGGUGUCUCCUCGGCUCUCUUCGCUCAUGUCGGAUUGUUCAUCUCUCUCCCUGGUGUGCGACAGAGAUGGUGUGUCCCGGUAUGUAAACGGAGUUUGCGGAAGUGCGCCGGAUAGUUGGCAAGAGUGACGGUCUCUGUGUUGGAGCGCAUCUGGAAGGAGACCUUGCACACCGGUAGAGAUGUCGCCGAAGGACCCCCUGCUCGGCACCCUCAAAGUGUGCAUCCUGAACCUGCAGUCAGAGGGAGGAGCUGUGACAGACGAGAGCCCCCACCUGUCUUCCUGCUGCCAGCUGCUCGAGAUCAUCUUGCGCAAGGGUCUGCAACAGACAGUGCUGGGCCUAAUCAGGAAAGACUACUGGCACUGGUUGGAGCAACUGCCCCAGCAAGAUUCAUGUGGCAGACUGAGCCAACUCUCCAUGGCCAUAGAGAAGACGGUCAGCUGCAAAAAGGUCAUAACCUCCCAGGGUAGGGGGCGGUAUUUUCUGCGUCUGGCCUUAAACAGAAGGAUUCUUGGAAACGUGGUUCAGCAUCUCCUACACACUCCAAAGCUCUUAGAGUGGUAUGAUCCUGCGGUAUCCAUCCUGAGGAAUGAGGAGUUUAUGGAGCCCUUCUUGUCUCUGCUGCUGGUCCUGUCUGAGAUGGAAUUCUCUUUAAACAUCCAGAAUUCCAGUUUCCUAGAUGAAAGCUGGAUGUUGCCGGUGUAUGAAACGUAUGAGACUGUGCCCUGUAGAGAGCUGGGGAUGGUUUUGAGGUACCUGGGGAAGCGAGUAUUUGUUCUGGAGUUAGUGGAGGGCAGUCAGGCCCAUGCGGAUCAUUUUGUGCGGCCUGGUGACAUCAUUGAUGAGAUCAAUGGGGUUUCAUUGCGGAACGCCUGUAAUGGACAGGCUGGCAUUGUGUUACAGAGGCUGAAAGGCAAGCCCCUAACCCUGAAGCUGAUCCGGUGGCUCAACUCCGAUGGCACAGUGUACCGGCCCAUGGUCAAGCUGCUGAAGGCCCUGCAGCAGGAGAACCCCAAAUUCCAGUUGUACCCCAAAUCGCAAGCUUCAGUGGAGGAGGGGGCAACACAGUGCCUUCGGGAUGGACGGAUUGUGUACAUCGUGAAAUACCUGGGAAAAGCAGAUGUAGGAGUGUUUGGGGGGAAAGAAGUUCUGCAGCAAGGAAUCCCUCUGGUCCUGGAUCAGAAAUUGCCAGGAAAGAGCCAUCUGCAUUUUGAAGAGCAGCACAGUGAGCAGCAGGGAUGGAAGGUGAACAACUCCUGUCCCCCUAAGACAGAGGAGCGUCCUGUCAGUACCGUGCUGUUCGAUUUGAAGGAGACCCACAUCAUCUGCAUAGAGAAGUCCUCCAAACAGGAGCUCUUCCAGCACCAUUACCCAGAGAUCUCCUGCGUGGGGCGCUACAGUCGCUCGGACCAAACCAUCUUCGCCUUCUGCGUGUCAGAUUGCCCAGAGACCCCAGAGGCCUGCUCUUUCAGCUGUGUGGUGAUGCGGGCCAGCUCUGCCCAGGAGUGCGAGGAGAUUGUAAAUAGAAUUGCUGCAGGUUUCAAGCACACAGAGUGGUUUGUGUGAGAGCAAUCCAUCACAACACACUGCUGGUCCAGCGCACUACAGUGCAGAUGACAGGCAUGACAAUGACUUUGGCCAGAUGACAGUGGCCCUGGGUCCUCAAAUCCAGUCCAACCUGGUCUCUCUCUGGUCUUUUGCUUCCUGUGCAAAAGACACCAAAUGGCCUGACCAUGUGUGUUAUGGAAAAUGUGUACAUUGUCUUCACCUCUCCUGGUUCCUGUGGUAAAAUUAUGGGUUUUGUAGGAACUGGGAAUUAAAUAUUACAUGGUAGCUCUAAAUGGAGACAGGAAAAUUUAAAACAAAUGUUCUCUCUGAUUAGUUAACUUUCCUGAUCUGUGUGUGUGUGAAAAAGCGUCAGGGCUGAGCUUUGAGUAAUGGAGCCUGAACCUAGAACCAGUGCGCUAGCCUCAGUGACUGAAGCCAGACUUGAAAUAGGAGGCUUCACUGUGGGCUUCUGUGGUUGGCCCAAUGAAGUUCAAUGGCCCAAAUCUUAAAAAUAUGAUACGGACCAAGGAGCUAACAAGCCAGUGAAGUCUAAUCACUAGCCUUUCUUCUUUCAUAAUGUUUUGUUGAUCGAUCUGCUGGAACCACCUGAAGAAAAUGAGAUUCUGUGGAGAACCAAGAUCUACCCUUACGUUUUUUUUCCUGUAGGUUUUGUAGUGACAUCAAAAGUCACAAGGAGAUAAAGGCUUCCACAAUCCUCACUGUUUCCCUCAGUCAGUUAUAUUUAACAAAUUAAAUGUCUAAGGUGUUGAUUAA